AUGGACCAUCUAAAAGCCAGGGCCCUCCCAACUAGGCGCUGCUGCCCCUCCCUAGGAAUACAGGCCUGGGAGGGCGGCAGCGGGAGGUUCUCUGUGCCACCCUCCAUCAGCAGGAACCUGGCCAUGGUGAACGAAGCCCGAGGGGAUGGCGGCCCCAGCCCCAGCUCUGACGGCGGCAGCAGCAGCGGCAGUGAGAGUUCCAAGGACAGUUCGAGAUGUUCCACGCCAGGCCUGGACCCAGAGAGGCAUGACAGGCUCUGGGAGAAGAUGAGGCGGAGGAUGGAAUCUGGAGACAAGUGGUUCUCCCUGGAAUUCUUCCCUCCCCGGACUACUGAGGGUGCUGUCAAUCUCAUCUCAAGGUUUGACCGGAUGGGGGCCGGUGGCCCCCUCUUCAUCGAUGUGACCUGGCACCCAGCCGGGGACCCAGGCUCUGACAAGGAGACCUCCUCCAUGAUGAUCGCCAGCACCGCUGUGAACUACUGUGGCCUGGAAACCAUCUUGCACAUGACCUGCUGCCAUCAGAGCCGGGAGGAGAUCACAGGCCACCUGCACAAAGCCAAGCGGCUGGGACUGAAGAACAUCUUGGCAUUGAGGGGAGACCCCAUAGGUAAACAGUGGGAAGAGGAGGAAGAAGGCUUCAGCUGUGCUCUAGACCUGGUGAAGCACAUCCGAAGCGAGUUUGGUGACUACUUUGACAUCUGUGUGGCAGGUUACCCCAAAGGCCACCCCGAAGCCGUGAGCUUCGAGGCAGACCUGAAGUACUUGAAGGAGAAGGUAUCUGCAGGAGCCGACUUCAUCAUCACCCAGCUUUUCUUUGAGGCUGACACAUUCUUCCGCUUUGUUAAGGCUUGCACCGAGAUAGGCAUUACCUGCCCUAUCCUCCCCGGAAUCUUUCCUAUUCAGGGCUACCACUCCCUUCGGCAGCUUGUGAAGCUGUCCAAGCUGGAGGUGCCGCAGACAAUCAAGGAUGUGAUCGAGCCCAUCAAAGACAACGACGCUGCCAUCCGCAGCUACGGCAUCGAGCUGGCUGUGAGCCUUUGCCGGGACCUCCUGGCGAGCGGCCUGGUGCCGGGUCUCCACUUCUAUACACUCAACCGUGAGGUGGCCACCACUGAAGUGCUGAAACGCCUGGGCCUGUGGACCGAGGACCCCAGGCGUCCCCUACCCUGGGCUCUCAGUGCCCACCCCAAGCGCCGGGAAGAAGAUGUGCGUCCCAUCUUUUGGGCCUCCAGACCAAAGAGUUACAUCUACCGCACCCAAGAGUGGGACGAGUUCCCGAAUGGCCGCUGGGGCAAUUCCUCCUCUCCAGCCUUUGGGGAGCUGAAGGACUACUACCUCUUCUACCUGAAAAGCAAGUCCCCGAGGGAAGAGCUGCUCAAGAUGUGGGGGGAGGAGCUGACCAGUGAAGAAAGUGUCUUUGAAGUCUUUGCCCACUACCUCUCAGGAGAGCCAAAUCGGAAUGGCUGCAAGGUGACUUGUCUGCCCUGGAAUGAUGAGCCCUUGGCGGCUGAGACCAACCUGAUGAAGGAGGAGCUGCUGCGAGUGAAUCGGCAGGGCAUCCUCACCAUCAACUCCCAGCCUAACAUCAACGGGAAGCCAUCCUCUGACCCCAUCGUGGGCUGGGGCCCCAGCGGGGGCUAUGUCUUCCAGAAGGCCUAUUUAGAGUUCUUCACUUCCCGCGAGACCGUGGAAGCGCUGCUGCAAGUGCUGAAGAGAUACGAGCUCCGGGUCAAUUACCACAUUGUAGACGUGAAGGGUGAAAACAUCACCAACGCCCCCGACCUGCGACCCAAUGCAGUCACUUGGGGCAUCUUCCCUGGGCGAGAGAUCAUCCAGCCCACAGUGGUAGACCCCAUCAGCUUCAUGUUCUGGAAGGAUGAGGCCUUUGCCCUGUGGAUUGAGCAAUGGGGCAAGCUGUACGAGGAGGAGUCCCCAUCCCGCAUGAUCAUCCAGUACAUCCACGACAACUACUUCCUCGUAAACCUGGUGGACAACGAGUUUCCAUUGGACAACUGCCUGUGGCAGGUGGUGGAGGACACCUUUGAGCUGCUCAACAGGCCCGCUCCAGAAUGAGAGCCAGACAGAGGCUCUGUCAUCACCCAGCCUCCUGACAUCCUUAGCUGGGGCCACUUGAGUCCCACCUUCCUCCCCUGCAAGUCCUGAUUCUCCCAGGAACCCUCUUCUCCCUCCCUUCUCUCCAAGCCCUGGCCUCCACCCCCACGUGACGAUGGCAACUAGACUGCUGCGAGGCUUCCAGGCUUUGGCUGGACCUGACUUGGCCCCACAUGGAGCCUGGCAUUCCCUAUGGGGUUCCCUGCCGUCCUGCAGAGAGCCACGUUGGGGGCACAGCAUCUUCCCUGAGAGGGGAGGAGGCUGACUAUUGCACGCUGAGCCUUUCUACCAAGCCCCUUGGAGCCAGGCUGAGACUUCAGAUGAACUUGCAGUCAGGCCCAUGCAAGAUGGGUGGAGUGGAUGUGGGCACAGGCUGUCGGCAGAAGAGACAUGGCUCCAAGACACUGGCAGCUGGGCACUGCCCACUUGUGAUCGAAGGUGCAAACCACUACCUGCUUACUACUUACUAGGCUGGCCAAGGCGCCAGGCCCCUGGACAGGCCUGGGGCUGAAACCUAACGAGGCAAGCAUUUCUUGCCACCACCUACUGGACAGCUCAGCUGGGUUUUUCACCUAUGCUGCUUUUUGAAAUAGUUGUCUGUGUAUUCUGGUGGCUCAACAGAGAAAAUGUCCCUGAAGAGUUAAAGAUAGUCUGCACCCUUAUGCUUGAUGGAGCCCUUGCCCCUCCCCUACUUCCCCAUCAAGGGAUACACUGCACCCAUUCCUGUCAAGGGCAAAGACAGGUUCUUCAAGAUUCACAGAGGAGGGGGGCUGAAGCACCCAGAGUCACUUUUCACUUCCCGGGCCAGCCUCUGGGCAGAGAAGCAGCCUUAGGAGAGA